GGCCACCUAGCUCCUUGUCCUAUAACCGCACGCAUCGUUCGCCAAUAUCCAUCGUGGCGGCGCCGCGUCACUCUGGCCUGCAUAUCUGCUCCUGUAAUCCUUCUAUGUCUUGCUGGAGUGGCACUGGUCGCUUGGCUUCUGGCCAGCUUACAAUAUGCGACAGAUAUUCUUGAUCAGAAGGGAAAUCUGGCCCCCGGAGUUGUACAUCUACCUAAGGAAAAGAAAUUCCAAAGCCUUCUAUCUGAUCGGGCAUAA